ACGCGUCGCGACUUGAUCUGAACCACCACCUCCUCUUAUACGCUUUUCUUCGAACCUUAUUCGUGCCUUCACGACUUUGGAGUAUCGUGCACCUUUUCUUUCCCCCUCAUGAAUGUCUAUACGGUGGUCAAAAAGGAAGGACCGCCUGGUGGACUUGCUUGGUUACGGUAAUGGGACCCAGAGUUCUGAAGACGAUAUCUCGUUGGCCUUGGACCGCAUCCUUCAUGGACAGAGCGUUAUUGGAAAGACAUCCAAAACAACGCAAGUGGACGAUUUACGGUUCGCUGAUAAAGACUUGAACAUUGUCGGCACGUUGGAAUAUGGCCAAUAUGGGGUUAUCGAUGUUGUGACAUGUAAACUUGACGGCCGUGUAUACGUCCGAAAAUCAGCUGAGAAGCGAUUCGCUUUGAAGACUCAUGAUCAAUGUUCCCCCCAAAAUGAACGAGAAAUACUGCUGCGUGCACUCAAGACCAGAACUAAGUGGGCACCUCAUCUUCUGUGCGCGUACCAGACCCCUACACACUUGAACCUCGUCAUGGAUUAUGCUGAGGGAGGGACCCUAUGGGAUAUUUUAGAGUCAAGCCCCCUCGACGGCAAAAUUUCUGAGGCUGACAUCCGUUGGUGGGCCCCGCAAGUUAUCAGCGCUAUCGAUUGGUGUCAUUCACAAGGUUUCGUACACAGAGAUAUAAAACCGCACAACUUCGUUCUUACGACCACCGCACGUAUCCUUCUCAUCGACUUUGGCUCCGCGGCUCCUCUCCUGCCUCCACACGCUGAUGGUAGUCAACAAGUGGCCAAGAUACACUGUCAAGUACCGUGUGGUACCUGUGACUAUAUCUCUCCCGAGAUUCUACAGGCGCACGAGGAGGCAUUAGUUGCACUUGAAAUGUCUGAUCUGUCUCAGGAUAAAUCACCGUUUGACGAUGAGAUUAGUGGUGGAUACGGUCGAGAGACAGAUUGGUGGAGUCUUGGAGGCAUGUUGUACGAGAUGGCUCACGGUGUCGCGCCGUUCUUCGCUAAUGAUAUCCGACAAACUUACGCCAAGAUCAUGGAUCAUACUCGAAGCCUUCACUUCAAACCAAACAUUGCCAUCACUAGUUCAUUCAAGGACCUUCUGCGUAGGCUCCUCACCACAGCGGAACUUCGCCUUGGUCGAUGUAAUAUAGACGAAAUCAAAGGACACCCAUUCUUUCAAGGUACUCUUUGGGAUAACUUACACCACCAACCGAAACCCACUGACUUACACCUUCCUCAGUUCACUUACUCUACGCCGGUUGUCCCGGAAGGAAUCACUGAAACGCCACACUCUCUGUCAAACACAUCUGACUCUCGACGUUUCGCUUUCUCAGCUCUCUUCGUUUCUUCACCUGCGACAGCAGCAUCACCAGGCGUGACGCUUUCACAAGCGACACCUUCACAAAGCUCCAACCGAUCCAUCUUGCGAGACAAACCGACCGCUUCUUUUAUUGGUUUCUCAUGGGGUCCAAUGGCAAAUGCUUUCGACCAUGCCAACGAACAACCCGACAUAGGAAACCCGCGGCUUUUCACUCCAAGACCGCUUGCUCGCACAGCCACGCUGUCACCAUUCUCCCUGGUGCAACCCGGAAGUCUGCAGGUGACCCCGGCGGGAAAGAGAUAUCUCUUUGCGACACCUAUCAGACCUAAUGGUUAUACUCCCUACGGUACCCUGCCACGAGCCAGUACCAUCCGACGUACGGCGCCUCGCCGCACCGUCUCCGACAGGGAGGCGAUGAAACAGCUAGUAGACUGCGUCGGCAUGAGUGCACGAAAGAAAGUACUCGAGAGUGGUCGGAAACCUCGGAUGUUGACUAAGUUCAAUCAAUCUCGAUCUUCGACACUGAAGGAACUACGGUUCGACAAGUCCAUUAUGGUCCUGAACGAGACCGGGAUAUCAUACAAAAUUGACCCUGGUUCUGGAUCGACAUCGGAUACGACAGGUAUGAGUUUGUCGAAGUUGGACUACUCAUCUACAAAAUCAGUCUCGGGACAGAGUCUCCCCGAGGCAUCCUACAGCUUGGUCAUGGACUCGGACUCAAGUUUGGAGUCAGAUGUACCACCGAGUCCUAGUCCCAGUCCAAGACCUGGUUCGGCGAUGUCAAUAUUGUCACGUCGGAGUCAGACACCAACGACUUCAUAUUUCCUUCGUGUCGGUUCGAGUCACUCGCGGAGUGCGGAUAGCAAGGGCCUGCUUUCUCCCACUGUUCCGGUUGAUCCUCAAUGGGAGUCACCAGCUCCAAGCAUGAUGAUAGAAGACGAAGGAGUGACCAAUGAAAAUCUUUCUUACGAUGUUCUCAACACAUUUCAGAGGAGGCAUUCGAGGCUGAUGGAUGAUAUAGGUGCGCUCAAAGGACGUUUGGAUCGCGUAGUCGAACGCAUACAUCACAGACGAUGAUUACUUCAAUAACUUAUCAACGGAAUACUGUAGCGACUUGAUUGUAUCUACUAACUUAAAUGUACCUCUAGCAAUGAUAUUAAAUGUCGUAGAACCUUGCGCAUAGAUUUUACGCCUUUGAAUG